AUGGCAUCUGAUCGAACGGACAACGGAGACUCGGCCGCAGUUUUGCGGCGCUUCUGCGGCGUGCAUGGCACUUCCAUGGAAAACCUGGAAAAUUCGACAGUCCGGCCAGUGCUGAAGUCCAAGCGGAAUGUGGUCAUCCUUCGGGACCUGCCAGAUGAUUCCACCGAGGCGGAGAUCAUGGCGCUGCUGCGCAGCGGGCCUUACGGCGAGAACGUGGUGAGCGUAAAGCCGGAGGUGAACAACACCUGGUUCCUGAAGUUCAACGUGGACGACGGGGCACAGGACGUGGUUUUGUGGCUGCGGUCCCAAAGCUUCAAGGGGAAGCCGGUGAAUGCCGCCAUCAAGUCCGAGCACUUCUUGCGGAGCUUCUUCCCGGUGAACCAGAGCAUGGGCUUUAUGCCUCCGGGGCUGCCUCCCAUGGACGAGGGCCCGGGCUUCGGCGGCAAGGGCGGCUUCGACCUGAUGCCGCCCCCCGGCAUGCAGUCCAUGGGCAUGGGACCAGAGGCGCCGAUGAUGGAGUCUUUGCCCAUGCAGUUUGGGCUGCAAUGCCCAGGCUUCUGGAAGCCUUGGGGUUCCCGACACAGACCGGCGCCCUUGGACAUCAGCGAGGAGCCGGUCGGAAAGGGAAAGAGCAAGGGCAAAGAGGAGGGGAAGGGCAAAGGAAAGGGGAAAGUUGCGAAGUCCGGCAAGUGGAACAGCCCGGAGGAGCCGCCAGGCUACAGGGCUAAGGGACGGAUGGCCUGGCACGAGGAGCCCAACGUCUGGGAGGUUUCUCGCGACCAGGACCUGAAGCAAGAGGAGGAGGGAAGGAGGAAGGCCGACGGCAAAGCCCCAAAGAUGAAAUGGGCCGUGAAGUCUGAAGCGGGAUGAUGCGCUGGCAUUUCAAGUCGCUCUCCCAGAGGGCGAGCCGGUGAGUGGCUUGGUUUCACCCAAGAGCCGAACUGGCGCGGCGGGAAUGCCGAACCAGAAAUGGAUUGGAG